UGUCAACGUUAAAAAAACUAAGUUAAAAUGUAUCAUAAAGAAUUCAUGAAAGAAGCCUUAAAUAUGGCUGAAUUGGCAUUAAGGAAUAAUGAAAUUCCAAUUGGUUGUGUUUUUGUAUAUAAAAAUAAUAUUAUUGCUAAAGAAAUGAAUAAUACAAAUGAAAGUUUAAAUGUAUUAUAAAAAGAAAGAUUAUAAAUCUUUUAUUUUUAAUGUUUUAAAGGGAACAUUUCAUUGUGAAAUGAUUGCUAUUAAUAAAAUUUUGGAGAAAUAUCCAAGUAAAAUUUUUGAAGAAGUUGAUCUUUAUGUUACAGUGGAACCAUGUAUUAUGUGUGCAUCAGCAUUAAGGCAAUUGCAUAUUAAAUGUGUUUAUUUUGGAUGUGCAAAUGAAAAAUUUGGAGGUACAGGUAGUAUUUUUAGAUUACAUGAUGAUGAGGGAGUAGAUCCUAUUUAUUCAGUUUUUCCAGGAUAUUAUAGAGAAGAUUCAAUAUUACUUUUAAGGAAAUUUUAUUUACAAGAAAAUAAGAAAGCACCAAAACCAAAAUCUAAAAAAAAUAGAAAAAUGAAAUAUGAUAUACCUUUAUUAGAUAUUCAACGUUAUUCAUCUCGAGCUUCAUAAUCAUUUAAUUUCAAAUCAAUAUAUUUUAUAUUUUUAAAAUCAAG